AUGAACUAUGAGAAUGAGGAAUACACUCAUGAAGAUCCAACUCUCUCAUUGGCUAUCUGGAAACAAAUUGAAAAGCAGACAGACAUGGAUCCAAGCUCAAAGAAAACAAACACAUGUAGCCAGACUUGGAAUCCUGAGAAACCAAGAGAAUUCCUGAGUUUUGCUGAUGACUUACUCUCUGGCCUGGGCACAUCUUGUGUAGCAGCUGGUCGAAGCCAUGGAGAGGUCCCUGAAGUCAGUAUCUACUCGGUCAUCUUCAAGUGUCUGGAGCCUGACGGUCUCUACAAGUUCACUCUGUAUGCUGUGGAUACACGAGGGAGGCACUCAGAGCUAAGCACGGUAACCCUGAGGACGGCCUGUCCACUGGUAGAUGACAACAAGGCAGAAGAAAUAGCUGACAAGAUCUACAAUCUGUACAAUGGGUACACAAGUGGAAAGGAGCAGCAGAUGGCCUACAACACCCUGAUGGAGGUCUCAGCCUCGAUGCUGUUCCGAGUGCAGCACCACUACAACUCUCACUAUGAAAAAUUUGGCGACUUCGUCUGGAGAAGUGAGGAUGAGCUGGGGCCCAGGAAGGCCCACCUGAUUCUACGGCGGCUGGAGAGGGUGAGUAGCCACUGCUCCAGCCUCCUGCGGAGUGCCUACAUCCAGAGCCGUGUGGAAACGGUGCCCUAUCUUUUCUGCCGCAGCGAGGAGGUCCGGCCUGCAGGCAUGGUGUGGUACAGCAUCCUCAAGGACACCAAAAUCACGUGUGAGGAGAAGAUGGUGUCAAUGGCCCGGAACACGUACGGGGAGUCCAAGGGCCGAUAUUAUUUGACUCUAUCAAAAGUCUCUCCUUUUUAAACCUUUUCUUAUGGAUGGCUGUCAAUCCUGAGGCAGAAGUUUUCAGGUGGAGACCAAGCGGCCUUUGCUCUUCUUCCUCCUUCCUGCCACACUCUGCUUUCUUCCUGCCAUGGACCCCUGGAGGAGACCUAUGGAGGGACAGUUUUGACCUGACCCCUAGAGGACACAGUUUUGACCUCUUCAGCACCAGGAAGGAAGCUCUGAGGAUGGUUGCAGUGAGGAAGCAUGGGUCUUUAAGGACUUCUCUCUCUUUUUUGCUGGACAUUAUUGAGUUUGUGGGACCCUGCCUCUUCCUGCUACCUGUGAGUCUGCCCAGAGUCCCCUGCAGGCCUGUCCAUGCAUUAAAAAUUCCUAUUGUCUCUC